GGAUUGUAUGUAUAUUGCUUGAUUGUUCUACCCCUGUUCCCACUCUCCCUACCCCCCGUGUUCUGUGACUACCGGGACUUCUCAAGUACCGCAUCGGUUCAGACUGAUGUCGACGGAACAGGACACCGGGGCACUGCCACGACGCAGUGCCAGAAUCGCAGUUCGUGCCCGCCCUGCAGUACCUCCAAGACCGAAGAAACUCAGCAGGCGGACGACUCCAGCAGCAUCAAGUACGGCAUUGACGGUACAAGACGCCACCGGAGAUCAUCCCGCAUACCCAGUCCGAGGAGCCAAUGAGCCAGCGGCUGAUUAUCGUGGGCGGCUACUGGCAUUUACGGAAGCCGUAGCUGCCGUCGAGGCCCGGAAGGAGACAGCAGAGGCAGAACGUCAGCGGCUAGCCAAUGAAGCGGCAGGCGAAGCUCAGCGAACGACUGAGACUGACGCAGCGACACGAGACAGACGGAAUGCCAGCAGCACGGAGUCCUUGAUUGCUUGUGAGCAUCAGUGGACGACGAUACUCCAAGACAUGAUCUUUGUGCCUACGGAAGCGCAGGCAGACCCGACACCGGCGGAGGCAGAGAGAAGUAACCUGGCUAACUUGCUGCUGGGCAUGAUGAGAGGUAUUAUGUGGAAUAAUACACUGCUGCAUUCACAUCUGCGCACGGACGCGACGCAGCGACAAACAUACAAGAACGAUAUGACUGCGUUAACAUCUGCUAUCCGCACAGAGGCAACGCAGCAGCAGCAACAGCAUCAGCUGUUGAAUUCCACUAUCACACGCGUCAACAGCAUAGAGGCUAACACCUCAGCAGCGCCAGGCUGCACGACAGACGUGACGAAGCAACUCAACGAGCGCAUCGAUCACGUCGUCACCAUCAUCGGCGACAUAAGUACUUUCAACGGACCAGACUCGAUCAGCAGCACGGUGGCCGCCAUCAAGACGGACAUCACCAAGCUACACGAGACCGGAAGCCGCUACAAAGACGUUCAAGAUGCCGCACUUUGACAUCAGCAAGUUCGACGAUUACAACAAAUCGGACGCCUUGUC